AUGACAGUGCAUUCGACAACGCGGGCAGCCGAGCCUAUCUCUGCAACCGAAAAGGAGCAGAUCGAUGCGCUUAGAGCAAGACUUAAUGAGUGCAUGAAGAAAAUCCCCGAAGAUCUUGACACUGAUUUGAAUUUGGCGCGAUGGAUUCGCGGGUAUCGUGGUGAUAUCGAAAAAAUUUGCACGAACUUUUCGCAAUAUGUUUAUUCGCGAAACGCUGCUGGUUUCCUGGGUCGUGAUCUACCGGAGAAAUACUUCGAAAUGCCUUCUAUCAAGCCAUUCCUGCCAUUUAUCGCCUCUUCGCGGCUCGGUGAUUCCGUAUGGUCCGAUGAGCAUAACGCUUUCAUGUUUGUGGAACGAGCAUGGGCCCAACCAAGAGAGUUUAUCAAGACCUUCAAAACCAGCGACUACCUGAUACAUUGUUUUGGAUACUCAGAGGUUCUUCUACAACUUAUUCUGGAACGCGAACGUAAACAACCGAAAGAUCGUGGACCAGUUCAAUUUAUUGUGAUCUUUGAUCUUGCCACCGUUAACAUUACCGACUAUGUGAAUCCGAUGAGCGGUUACAUGAAACUUUGGCAGCUACGUUCUGAUCUCUGGCAGGAUUGGUAUCCGGAAGUGGUACAAGUGAUCUACCUCGUUAAUCCACCUCGACUUGUUAGUCUAUUGUGGAAAAUUGCUCGUCUAUUCCUUACAGAGGAGAAUCUACGAAAAAUGGUGAUCGUUGGCGAUAAAGAGAUGCCGAAAUAUAUCCACAAACACCUUAUUCCUAUGGAAUAUGGAGGUGAUUAUGUGAACAAGGAGUUGCCUGGGGAUGAGUCAGGUGUGAGUAUUCGGAGGAAAAUCACCUCAGCUGAUCACUACCAGCCCUACCAACACUACGAAUUACGAGGGGUUCAACGGCCAAAACCUGCUAAGAAGGACAUAUCACCUGGCGAAUUUUUCACACUUCCCAUUAUUGUACCGGAUGGGAAAAGCCUACUGUGGGAUUUCACCACGAGUGGCGAAAUAGAGUUUUUCAUUUACAAAGACAAGGAUGAACGUCAUCUUGUGUAUCCACGUCUGCGAUUAGUCACCGCAAAACUUGCCGAAGAAGGUGUGCUGCCGAAUUUGCCCGGUGGUGAAUAUUCGUUGGUGUUCGCAAAUCGUGGCACAUAUUUCACUACUAAACUCGAAUACGCUAUUACAUUAGUUUAA